AUGGCGUCAGAAGCUUCAGAAAAGUCACCCAUCGACCAGAAGAUGGCUAUGGAUAAGGAGGCUCCAACGUCGACCGGCACUCCUCGCGACCUGGACCAGGCGUAUCAGUUCCUCCAGACGUACGGAGAGACCAGCGAUGGCGAGGAGGCCACCGCGGAAGACCUCAAGAAGAUCCGGUGGAAGGUGGACUUGUACAUUAUCCCGAUCAUGUUUGUCUGCUAUACCAUGCAAUUCAUUGACAAGGUCUCUCUCAAUUACGCUGCCGUUAUGGGUUUGAACAAGGACCUCAAGCUCAAGGGGAACAACUUCUCAAAUGCUGCGACUGCAUUCUUCAUCGCCUACCUCAUUGCCGAAAUUCCGACAGGAUACAUCCUGAACAAGGUCUCUGCGCCCAAAUGGCUGGCGCUCAACGUCACCCUCUGGGGCAUCUCGACUGCCUGUACUGCGGCAGCUCGCGACUACAACACGCUUCUAGCUGCCCGAAUCUUCUUGGGCAUCUUCGAGGCCGCCAUCGCGCCUUGUCUGGUUCUGAUUAGCAGCCAAUGGUACACCAAGUCCGAGCAAGCUCCCCGGUUUUGCAUCUGGUACUCCGGCCUUGGUCUCGGACAGAUUAUUGGCGGCCUGGUGUCCUUUGGCUUCCAGCAUGUCAAGAACCCGGAAUUCACCGGCUGGAAGGCCAUGUUCGUCGUCCUCGGUGCCGUUACCUGUCUUGCCGGCAUUGCCACGUACUUUAUCAUCCCAGAUAGCCCAAUGAAGGCGCCCUUCCUGACCGAGAAGGAGAAGGCACAGCUGCUCAAGCAUGUCUCCUUCAACCAGACCGGUGUGAUCAACACCAGCUUCAAGUUUUCCCAUAUCCUGGAGAUCUUGACCGAUGUUCAAUUGUGGCUCAUGACCCUGAUCACUGUCCUGAUCUCUGUAUCAAGUGGAGUUGUGACAACCUACUCUGCUACUCUGAUCAGAAACUUCGGCUACUCUCCAACUAGGUCCGCUCUUCUCAAUAUGCCUGGUGGCGCUGUUUCCAUCAUCAGUACAAUCGUAAUUGGCUUCGCUAUCCGCUACAAGAUGUUCCGCUUCAUCGGUAUCAUUGCAUGCUGUAUUCCAGGCAUCCUAGGCGGUGCUCUGCUCUCAUUCGCACCACAGACCAACCAAGGCGCCCUCCUUGCCGGCAUUUACCUAGUCAACUCUAUCGUUCCCACCCUCAUCGUUAUCUACCAGUGGCUCUCCUCUAACGUUGCCGGCAGCACUAAGCGUGCCGUCAGCGCUUCCCUAGUCACUGCCAGCUUCAGUAUCGGAAAUAUCAUCGGUCCACAGACCUUCCAGGCCAAGGAUGCACCGCAAUAUAUUCCGGCAAAGAUUGCCGUUUUGGCUACCCAGGCCUCUGGAGCUGUUAUCGCAUUCGUCCUAUUCUUGUACUAUGUCUGGGAGAACAAGCGUAGGGACAAGCGUGCUGCCCAAAACUCGGAAACCCUGCCUGUCGCCGAGGGUGCUGCUCUAUCCCAGUCUCCCUCUAUCGAGCAGAAGAAGUGGGAUAACUUGACCGACAAGGAGAACCUGGCCUUCAGAUACGUCUAUUAA